CCCGCCCCGGCUCCGCUGGCUGGCUUGGGCUGGCGCCGCUGCGACUCUGGCGGGGAGCGAGCGCUCGGAGCCAGAAGGAUGCGGCGCCCGCGUCGGCCUGGGGGCUCCGGGGGAUCUGGGGGUCUCCGGCUGCUCUUCUGCCUCCUGCUGCUGAGCAGCCGCCCAGGGGGCUGCAGCGCCAUUAGUGCCCACGGCUGCCUGUUUGACCGCAAACUCUGCUCUCACCUCGAAGUCUGUAUUCAGGAUGGCUUGUUUGGACAGUGCCAGGUGGGAGUGGGGCAGGCCCGGCCCCUGUUGCAAGUCACCUCCCCAGUUCUCCAACGCUUACAAGCUGUGCUGCGACAACUCAUGUCCCAAGGAUUGUCCUGGCAUGAUGACCUCACCCAGUAUGUGAUCUCCCAGGAGAUGGAGCGCAUCCCCAGGCUUCGCCCCCCAGAGCCCCGUCCGAGGGACAGAUCUGGCUUGAUGCCCAGGAGACGUGUUCCUGCUGGGGAGUUGCUCCUACAGGGAAUCCCCACAGGCUCCGCCCCUGCUGCUCAAGGGCUUCCUCGAUCUCCAGUCGGUGGGGGUGGAGCUGGGGCGAGCUCCCCGCUGUCCUCUCUGCAGGCUGAGCUGCUGCCCCCUCUCUUGGAGCAUCUGCUGCUGCCCCCGCAGCCUCCCCACCCUGUCCUGAGUUAUGAGCCUGCUCUACUGCAGCCUUAUCUGUUCCACCAGUUUGGCUCCCGUGAUGGCUCCCGGAACUCAGAGAGCUCCCCAGGAAUGGUCAGUGUUGGGCCCCUGCCCAAGGCCGAAGCUCCUGCCCUCUUCAGCCGAACUGCCUCCAAGGGCAUGUUUGGAGCCCACCUUGGCCACUCCUAUGGGGACCUACCAGGGCCCUCACCUGCUCAGCUUUUCCAGGACUCAGGGCUGCUAUACUUGGCCCAGGAGUUACCGGUGCCGGGCAGGGCCGGGACACCGAAGCUACCAGAACAAGGGAGCAGCAGCCGGGCAGAGGACUCCUCGGAGGGUUACGAGGAGGAGGGGCUCGGUGGUCCUGGGGAGAAGUCCUCUUCCCCAGCAGAGCAGCCAGCAGAUGUGACUCUGCAGAGACUGGCGGCUGUGCUGGCAGGGUAUGGGGUGGAGCUGCGCCAGCUGACCCCUGAGCAGCUCGCCACCCUCUUGACCAUACUGCAGCUGCUACCCAAGGGUUCAGGAAGAAAUCUAGGAGGAGUGGUAAAUGUUGGAGCCGAUAUCAAGAAAACAGUGGAGGAGCAAGCGCAGGGCGGAGACACAGCAGAGCCUCCACCUCCCGUAUCCUCCCUUCCUGGACACCCCACUGCCAACCCCACCUCCAGUAAAGUCCAGCUGGUGCUGAGCCCUGGCCCCUCUGAGCCCCCCAAAGCAGCCAGUCCCCCAGCCACACCCAUCCUGCUGGAGAAGAAAAGUCCACUGGGCCAGAGCCACCCCACAGUGGUGGGACAGCCUUCAGCUCGGCCAUCACCAGAGGAGUAUGGCUACAUCGUCACUGACCAGAAACCCCUGAGCCUGGCCGCAGGAGUGAAGCUGCUGGAGCUCCUGGCUGAGCACGUGCACAUGUCCUCGGGCAGCUUUAUCAACAUCAGUGUGGUGGGACCAGCCCUCACCUUCCGCAUCCGACACAAUGAACAGAACCUGUCUUUGGCAGAUGUGACCCAGCAAGCUGGGCUGGUGAAGGCUGAACUGGAAGCACAGACAGGGUUCCAGAUCUUGCAGACAGGAGUGGGACAGAGGGAAGAGGCAGCUGCGGUCCUUUCCCGACCAGCCCACAGCACCAACCCCAUGCGCUCUGUGCUGCUUUCUCUGGUGGCCCUGGCCGGUGUCGCUGGGCUGCUAGUGGCCUUGGCCGUGGCCCUGUGUGUGCGCCAGCAUUCGCGGCAGCGGGACAAAGAGCGCUUGGCAGCUCUGGGGCCUGAGGGGGCCCAUGGUGACACUACUUUUGAGUACCAGGACCUGUGCCGCCAGCACAUGGCUACGAAGUCCCUGUUCAACCGGGCAGAGGGUCCACCCGAGCCUUCACGGGUGAGCAGCGUGUCCUCGCAGUUCAGCGAUGCAGCCCAGGCCAGCCCCAGCUCCCACAGCAGCACGCCAUCCUGGUGUGAGGAGCCUGCCCAGGCCAACAUGGACAUCUCUACAGGACACAUGAUUCUGGCAUACAUGGAGGACCACCUCCGGAACCGGGACCGCCUGGCCAAGGAGUGGCAGGCCCUGUGUGCCUACCAAGCAGAGCCGAACACCUGCGCCAUCGCUCAGGGGGAGGGCAAUAGCAAGAAGAACCGCCACCCCGACUUCCUGCCAUAUGACCAUGCCCGCAUCAAGCUGAAGGUGGAGAGCAGCCCCUCUCGCAGUGAUUACAUCAACGCCAGCCCUGUUAUCGAGCAUGACCCUCGGAUGCCAGCCUACAUCGCUACCCAGGGACCACUGUCCCAUACCAUCGCAGACUUCUGGCAGAUGGUGUGGGAGAAUGGCUGCACCGUCAUUGUUAUGCUGACCCCACUGGUGGAGGAUGGCAUCAAGCAGUGUGACCGCUACUGGCCAGAUGAGGGCUCCUCUCUGUACCAUGUAUAUGAGGUGAACCUGGUGUCCGAGCACAUCUGGUGCGAGGACUUCCUGGUGCGGAGCUUCUACCUGAAGAACGUGCAGACGCAGGAGACGCGCACGCUCACGCAGUUCCACUUCCUCAGCUGGCCGGCAGAGGGCACCCCGGGCUCCACCCGGCCGCUGCUGGAUUUCCGCAGGAAGGUGAACAAGUGCUACCGGGGCCGCUCCUGCCCCAUCAUCGUGCACUGCAGUGACGGAGCAGGAAGGACUGGCACCUACAUCCUCAUUGACAUGGUACUGAACCGCAUGGCAAAAGGAGUGAAGGAGAUUGACAUUGCUGCUACCCUGGAGCAUGUCCGUGACCAGCGUCCUGGCCUCGUCCGCUCUAAGGACCAGUUUGAAUUUGCCCUGACAGCGGUGGCAGAGGAGGUGAACGCCAUCCUCAAAGCCCUGCCCCAGUGAGCCCUCCAGCCCCAUGGUGGGCAGCCCAGCCUCUGUUCCCGCUGACUGUGUGAGCAUCUAUUUGUGCACCCACUCCUCCACCCCCACCUGCCACUUUGGCCCCCCUUGGGCACGCCCAGCCCUUCCAAGAGGAAUGUAAGGAAGAGGGGAGCAGCAAGCACAGGCCAAGCCAGCCUCACACAUGCCAAAGCCAGGCAGCCCACAGGGGAGAGGACAGGGCAGCAAGUCUGCCAGAGCCUUCUCCUGCCUGGGUUCCCUGGCUCCUUUCCGUGGUUCCGGAUGCUCCUCGCCUGUCUGUGUCCCUCCCCCAGCCUGCUGUGUGAACAGGCACGCUGGGGGCACCAGCUUCCCCAGCCCUGCUGCUGCUGGGCUGCCACCUCGCUGCCACCCCGGGCCUCCUCCUGCCUCAUGCCACUUAACCUCUCUCCCCUGGCAUAAGAGAACAUUUCUAGAAAAAUCUACUUUUGUAUCAAUGUGAAUAAAGUUAGUGUGUCGUCUGUGCAGCUGCAACCCACCCUCCUAA